UUGCAAAAUCCCUUCCAUCCCUCUCUUUCUCCAUCUCUCACGCACUAACAACACCAGUUGUGUGUGUAAUACCGCGUUGUUCUUUCCUUUUUCCCUCAACAAAAUCUCCAUCAGACGAAAAUGUUGAACCAAAUAGCCAUUUUGCCCCAAAUGAUAAUCUCUUACACACCAUAAAUCUUCCAAUUUUUUUUUUCUAGGGUUUAUAUGUUUAUCACAACGAUGCCUGACUUAGGCAACCUUGUAAGCACGUCUUCGCUUCCCCUUACUCGUUGUUCUAAUAGUUCAAGACCAGGAGCCAUGGGAAACCGCGAUUUGUGUGACCCAAAGUAUGCUAAAGAAUCAGAAACCUCUUUACCAGUGCAAGACGAAUGUAACAGAGAUCGGUCUGUUAAGAUCAAUAAAUCUGUGGAAUCGAAGAGUUUGAAUGAUUAUUGGAGCGAUUGGGUUUCGAAGAAUGUCGAGUUGGGGGUUCCUGAAUCGAAAUUGUUUCUCCCGUUUCUUGUCGGAGCACCAAAACUGGCUGAAUGUCGUACCUGUGAGAACGUAAUCUACCCAGGGGAAGAGGUAUCAUGCGUUGUUCGUGAUUGUAAAGCUUCAUAUCACCUGACAUGUGUACAAAACUGGCAUGGAUUAUCGCCAUCAUCAAAACCAUUCAAAUGUCCUCAACAUGCAUGUUUUCUAUGCAAAAAGAAAAUCCAUCUAUGGCGAUGUUCAAGAUGCCAUAUAGCAUCACAUGACAAAUGUGCACCAUUUUCAGAUCAUCUGUUGCAUUCUAAAGACAACCAAAAAAUCUGUUGGAGACAUUAUUGGCCACCAUUAAAGCCUGCAGUUCCCACAAACAGCAUCGAGGAACUUUUUUGUCGUUUACCUUUACCAUAUACAGUGGAUGAAUUCAAGAUUGAUCUCUUGUUGAAAGACACAAUGGAGAACAAACUGGAGCCACCUCCAUAUGUUCAUAUCAGGCGAAAUAUAUAUCUUGUAAAGAAAAAACGUGAUGACACAAAUACAAAUACUGGAUGCACUGAUUGUAGUUCUAGUACUUGUUCUGAAGAUUGUGUAUGCAGGCUACAAUGUAUAAGCUGUUCAAAGGCAUGUAAAUGUUCAGAAAGGUGUACAAACAAGCCCUUCCGAAAAGACAAAAAGAUCAAAAUUGUUUUGACUGAAAGAUGUGGUUGGGGAGUUGAGGCUGUUGUGCCUAUAAAAAAAGGUGAAUUCAUUAUAGAAUAUGUAGGAGAAGUUAUUAGUGAUGCAUUGUGUGAACAAAGGCUUUGGGACAUGAAGCACAAAGGGAUUAAGAAUUUUUAUAUGUGUGAAAUUCGAAAAGAUUUUACAAUUGAUGCUACUUUUAAAGGAAAUGCUUCUCGUUUUCUAAAUCAUAGUUGUGGUCCUAAUUGUGAUCUUGAAAAAUGGGACGUUGAUGGGGAGACUCGUGUUGGUGUCUUUGCUGCUAGAUCUAUCAAAGCUGGGGAGGCUUUGACUUAUGAUUAUCGAUUUGUGCAAUUUGGGCCGGAAGUGAAGUGUCAUUGUGGGGCUUCAAGUUGUCAAGGGUAUCUUGGGAAUAAAAAAAAGAUAGCAAAAAUGGAGCUUCUUGAUUGGGGUGCAAAGCGUAGAAGAACAACAACCGCUAGCUUAAAGAUCAUCAAAAUCAAAUCAUAAAAAUUCCACAAAAGGUUAAUCAAAUCAUGUUGUAUAUCGGAUUUUGUUUUUCACCAAUGGAAUAUAAACAAUGAAAAAAAGGUAUAGUGGUAAAAUACCUACAUUUCUUUCACAUCACGUAGAGAUGUUAGACCAAAAACUAGAAAACAAUUUAUUAAUUGUGAGUCUCAACAUCGUCUUUUUUUGCUUUAGGGACAUUGUGUAUUUUGUAUUUGAACAAAAUACAGAAAAGUACAACAUAUUAUAGACAUCUUAUUGAAAAUACCGUAUAUUGAUUUUUUGACUGUUUAAAAUA